CACGUGUCUCCGCUCGCGCCUCAGCGGCCUCACCUCCGACCCGUCUUCACCCCUCCUCCUCCUCACCCGUGCUGUGGUAAUGGCGGCUACCAAGCUGGAGACGUCCUCCGCUAUGGUGGACGUGCUCACGCGUGCGGUCACCGACGCGGCCGACCUCGUUUCUGGGCUCAGCGGCCAAGUGACGCAGCUGCGUGGCGAAGUGACGCAGCUGCGUGGCAUUGUCAUGCACAAGAGGGGCAUCGUGAUUACUUUGGAGCAGCGGAGCGACGCUCCCGACAUGUCUGCGGACGAGAAGGCGGACCUCGAGGCCGAGCUGCGUGUGGCCAACAAUGAGCUGCGUGUGGGCCAAGGGUGAGUUGCAGGAAGCCAAGAAUGAGCUGCUUGCGGCGGAAGAGAAGCUGGUCGCAGCCAAAGCCGAGCUGAGGGAAGCC